AUGGGUACCAUCGCGACAAUUGCCGCCGUUGUUCUCGGCAUUUCGUUCAUGACAUUUGUGGCCUUCUUUGGGAGAUUACCAAUGUUUAGGCAUACACCAGUAUCAUGGUUACAUCGCCUAUUAUGGGUUUACAUCCCGAGGGGCGUGCUGGCACUAGAUCAGAAGCUCACGUCCGGCAAAUUUGGAUCCUCACUCGUCAGGUUCGGGAGGUUUAUGAUGAACGAUAGACAUCCGACUGUAAUGAUAUUCUUCUUCCUGAUCAUGGCGGUUUCAGAGUCGGCAGCCGUGCCGAAAGCCUGGUCGCAACUCACGACGCUGCAGCAAAUAACGCUCGCUAUCAGCAUCUUUCUUCCUUACUACACCCUCUAUAAGGCGGCUUACACUGACCCGGGUUACAUCACGGGUGACAACCACCGCGCGCACAUGGCAGCCUACCCAUACGACUUUACCAUCUUUCACCCCGGCUCCUCCUGCCGCACCUGCGGCCUGCUCAAGCCCCCGCGGAGUAAGCACUGCAGCAUCUGCAAACACUGCAUUGGCCGCAUGGACCACCACUGCAUCUUCAUCAACAGCUGCGUCGGUGCCGGCAACGCCCACUGGUUCCUCCUGCUGCUCCUCAGCACCGCCGUCCUCUCCCUCUACGGCGGCGUGCUCUGCCUGUCGCUCAUCGUGCGCAGCAUCCGCCGCCGCGCACCCGGCUUCGAGGUCCUCUGGUGGCGCGGCAACUUUGGCGAUGGCAUGGACCUCAACAGCUAUUUUGUCCUGUGGAGCUGGGGCAUCGCGGACCAGGUCCAGCUCGGUGCCGUCGGCCUGUUGGCCAUCCUCUGCAGUCCCUUGGUCUGGGGCCUCUUUGGCUAUAACAUGUGGAACGUUUGGGGCGGCGUCACCACCAACGAGUCGCUCAAGUGGUCAGACCUGAGUGAGGACAUGGCUGACGGCAUCGCCUUCAAGCGCCGCAUCGCCCCCGGCCGCCUCAAGGACCUGCGCUUCGAGCCGGCCUACACCUCGUGGCCAGUAGAGGCCGAGCAGAUCAUCAUUCGCACCAACGACGGCCAGCCUCCACCGGUAGAGGGCGCGGGGCUCGAGGGCGACGGCGACUGGGAGCGCGUCUGGAAGCUCAAGAACGUUGAGAACCUCUACGACCUUGGGUUCUGGGACAAUCUCGCCGACAUCUUUUCACCCACAAAGACCAGCAACGACCUCUACAUGGAGAUACCUCAUGCCGAGGAUCCGGGGCCAAGAAGGGGGCGGAGGCGCGUUAGAGACUGA